CCGGCCUGCCUGUCGCGGGAGCGGUGGGCACUCUUCUCCACUCGUCCUCCCCCGCCAGCCUCUAGGUUCCUUCGCCCGCCCGGGCCCAGUCGGCGUCAGUCAGGGAGGCGGACGCUCCGUCGCCGUCUCGCCCCGGGGCCGGUGUUCGCGCCGCCGGGGGGAAGGAUGCAGCCGCUGCCGGAGCAGCCGCCCCGUGAUUGGCUGUGGAGCCUGUGAACCCGGAGUAAAGAUGGCGGGCGGGCAGGCCGCCGCCGCUCUGCCCACUCGGAAGAUGGCGGCGCGCCGCGGCCUCAUCACCCGCGGCCGGGGGCUCCUGCGCGUGGCGGCUGGCCGGCUGCUGCCGAUGCUCCUGCUGGGCUGCUGCUGCGGUGCGGGCAGCUGCGUGGCGGCCGGCGAGAGCGAGGAGACGGUGAUCAUCGGGCUGCGGCUGGAGGACACGAACGACGUGUCGUUCAUGGAGGGGGGGGCGCUGCGGGUGAGCGAGCGGACGAAGGUCAAGCUGCGGGUGUACGGCCAGAACAUCAACAACGAGACGUGGUCCCGCAUCGCCUUCACCGAGCAGGAGCGCAGCCGCCACGGGCCGGGCGCAGGCGAGCGCACGCUGGGGGGCCCCGCGCCUCCCGAGCCGGACGGCGGCCCGCAGCGCUGCGGCAUCCGCACCUCGGACAUCAUCAUCCAGCCGCGCAUCGAGCUUAACCGCCGCACCUCUGGCAUCAUCGAGAUCGAGAUCAAGCCGCUGCGCAAGAUGGAGAAAAGCAAGUCCUACUACCUGUGCACGUCGCUGUCCACGCCCGCGCUGGGCGCCAGCGGCGCUGGGGCCGCGGGGGCAGCGGGCUCGGCCAAGAGCGGCGCGGGGGUGGCCGGGCUGCAGCCGCCACCGUGGGCCGAGACCACCUGGAUCUACCACGAUGGCGAGGACACCAAGAUGAUCGUGGGAGAGGAGAAGAAGUUCCUGCUGCCCUUCUGGUUGCAGGUGAUCUUCAUUUCGCUGCUGCUGUGCCUGUCGGGCAUGUUCAGCGGCCUCAACCUGGGGCUCAUGGCCCUGGACCCGAUGGAGCUGCGCAUCGUGCAGAACUGCGGCACCGAGAAGGAGAAGAACUAUGCCAAGCGCAUCGAGCCCGUGCGCAGGCAGGGAAACUACCUGCUGUGCUCACUGCUGCUGGGCAACGUGCUAGUCAACACCACGCUCACCAUCCUGCUGGACGACAUCGCCGGCUCGGGCCUCGUGGCGGUGGUGGUCUCCACCAUCGGCAUCGUCAUCUUUGGGGAGAUCGUCCCUCAGGCCAUCUGUUCCCGCCACGGCCUGGCCGUGGGGGCCAACACCAUCUUCCUCACCAAGUUCUUCAUGAUGAUGACCUUCCCCGCGUCUUACCCGGUCAGCAAGCUGCUGGACUGCGUUCUGGGCCAGGAGAUAGGCACUGUCUACAACCGGGAGAAGCUGCUGGAGAUGCUCCGGGUCACCGAUCCCUACAACGAUCUCGUGAAGGAGGAGCUGAACAUAAUCCAAGGGGCGCUGGAGCUCCGCACCAAGACGGUGGAGGAUGUGAUGACUCCGCUCCGGGACUGCUUCAUGAUCACCGGCGAGGCCAUCCUGGACUUCAACACCAUGUCGGAAAUCAUGGAGAGCGGCUACACGCGCAUUCCGGUGUUUGAGGGGGAGCGCUCCAACAUCGUGGACUUGCUCUUUGUCAAGGACUUGGCCUUUGUGGACCCGGAUGACUGCACUCCCUUAAAAACCAUCACCAAGUUUUAUAACCACCCCUUGCACUUCGUUUUCAAUGACACCAAGUUGGACGCAAUGCUGGAAGAAUUUAAGAAAGGCAAAUCUCACCUGGCCAUCGUACAGCGGGUAAACAACGAGGGUGAAGGAGACCCAUUUUAUGAAGUCCUGGGGAUCGUCACCUUAGAAGACGUGAUUGAAGAGAUCAUCAAAUCUGAGAUUCUAGAUGAAACAGAUCUAUACACUGAUAACAGAACGAAAAAGAGAGUGGCCCACCGUGAAAGAAAGCAAGAUUUUUCUGCCUUUAAGCAGACGGACAGCGAGAUGAAGGUUAAAAUCUCGCCACAGCUGCUCCUGGCCAUGCACCGUUUCCUAGCAACAGAAGUAGAAGCCUUUAGCCCAUCCCAGAUGUCAGAGAAGAUCCUCCUCAGACUGCUAAAGCACCCCAAUGUCAUCCAGGAGCUGAAGUAUGACGAGAAGAACAAGAAAGCCCCGGAGUACUACCUCUACCAGCGCAACAAGCCCGUGGACUACUUCGUCCUCAUUCUGCAGGGGAAGGUGGAAGUAGAGGCUGGGAAGGAAGGCAUGAAGUUUGAAGCAAGCGCUUUCUCAUACUACGGUGUGAUGGCCCUCACGGCCUCGCCAGGUGAAAACAAGUCACCCCCUCGCCCAUGUGGUCUGAACCAUUCAGACUCCCUCAGUCGGAGCGACCGGCUUGACGCGGUGACGCCAACGUUGGGCAGCAGCAAUAACCAGCUCAACUCCUCCUUCCUGCAAGUCUACAUCCCCGACUACUCCGUGCGGGCCCUGUCCGACCUGCAGUUUGUCAAGAUCUCCAGGCAGCAAUACCAAAAUGCCUUGAUGGCAUCCCGAAUGGACAAAACCCCUCCGUCCUCGGACAGUGAAAACACUAAAAUCGAAUUGACUCUCACGGAGCUGCACGAUGGGCUGCCAGACGAGACGGCCAACCUGCUCACCGAGCAGAACUGUGUGACGCACGCCAAGGCCAACCACAGCCUGCAUCCGGAGGGCGCCAUCUAGGGCCGCCCGAGCCCGCUGCGGCUGCGGCUGCGGCUGCGAAGUCCUGAGACCAAAGACUUAGUCCCUUCCUGGAAGCCUGGAGGCCAGGGAGGCAGGAACGGUGAGGUGGGCGCGACAGCUGGGGUCGGUGUCCGCGACUGCGAGACGCCACUGCCCAGAUAGAAUCCUGUGUAUUUUUCCAGCUGUACCUGUACCAUUACUCACUCUCCCUCCAUUUGCAUGAAGUUGGAAAUUGUCGCGGUUUAUUUUUUCAAGAGAUCAUGUUUUUUAAAAGUGUCUUUUGCAGAGUUUUAAGUCAUUCUGUCUGAACUCUGCUGUGGUCUGUGCUGUGACCCCAAUAGGAUGGACUUGUCCCCAGAGGGGUGCCCAGCCGUGACACUGUGGAGUGUGGCUGAUGGGUGAGGCACCGCGUGGACCCUGGAGGUGGCCGCGGAGGGACAUCGCGCGCCUCCCUAAGCUGCUGGUUCCCUGAGAGUUGCCCUUUCCCUCCGGGAGGGUGCACACUGCUUGGGAAUGGGAUUUUGCUCCCACCGUGAGAAAUUUUUAUCACCAAAAUGAAUGUUAAUGAACUGCAAGCCCCCUGGUUCAUCAUUGGCCAGCGGCCAGCCGGCUUCACCCUGCCGCCCCGCCCCCAGCCCAGAUGCCCAGCAGCCGCCCAGGGGGUCUCUGUAAACGCGCCGCAUCCUGCCCUUCCUGCUGACGUAGGCAGCCAGCACAUGGGGGACCGUGUCCUUGACUGGGAAGGCAUGUCUAGACUUGUGUUUUUAAGGAGGGGACUUUGGGGACUGCCAGCUACUGCCCUUCCUUCCAGCCAGGGCGCAGCAGUUGUCGUGUCUCCUGCCCAAGGCACGGCAUGACCUCUGCCUGGAUCCCCCGCCCCAGAGGCUCCUGGCGCAGGCUCCGCUUGGCCCCAAACCGGGGCUUCAAGACCAAAUGUGUGCUGUGGCCAUUUCCUGAGUCUCUGUCCUGUUUAAUACCAAAUCUCCCACGUGCGGUGA